UAUAAAAAAAGUAAUUUAGGAGCAUCAAUUAUUAUUAUUUAUUGGUGAGAGAAAAUAGGAUGAUCUUCUAUACAAUAGUUGUGGAAACCUCGUAGGAGGGAAUCUAUGACGUUGCUUUUCAGUUUCAAGUUCACAGCCUUAUUAAGAUUUUGAUGCUUGAGUUCUGUGCUUUGUGAAGCAGCGAUUGUUGACGUGAUGGGGAAAGGGAGAAGUCCUGGGAAAUGGAUCAGGAGUUUACUCUCAGGAGGGAAGAAAUCGUCAUCGAAGUCUAGUUCGUCAAAGAAGAAUGAUAUUUUUAAAUCUUCGAGUAACAAGGAUGCACUGGGAUCUUCUGAGUUAACUGUGUCUAAUCCAAUUUCAACUGUGGAUUCUUUGCAAAUAUCCGCACCAAUAUCUGGAGCAAAUGUUGCGAAAGCAGUUAUUUCAGAAAAGGAAGUAGUCAAUAAGUCUUCACAUGAGAGGGGUAUUCUCUCAAAUGGAGAUGAAAAGGCUCAAGCACCGGCCUUUGCUAAUGUUGCAUCUCAAGAUGAUCUUGAGACACUCAGGCUUACGGAAGCAGCUAUUAAACUUCAGUCCGCUUGCAGAGGCUAUCAGGCUCGUCGGGAAUUUCAAACUCUCAAAGCUAUUACACAGCUGCAAGCUUUUAUCCGUGGUCACUUGGUUAGAAGACAAGCUGUUUCUGCUUUAUAUUGUGUGAAGGGAAUUGUUACAGUGCAAGCAUUGGCUCGUGGUUACAAUGUUAGACGUUCUGAUAUUGGGCUUGAGGUCUUGAAAAUUCGCAAGGAUACUCAAUGUUCAAAAUCUAUUGGCGUUGUUACAUCUACACCGGCAGACAAGCUGUCAGAAAAUGCCUUUGUUUGCCAGCUGCUGGCUUCAUCGACCCAUGCGUUUCCUCUAUCUCUAAAUAGUGAUCUUGGAGAACCUUACUUGGCUUCGAAGUGGCUUGACCGUUGGACAACAUCAAGCUUUUGGGCACCUCUUCCUAAAUUGAAGAAGAAACUUGACUCGGUGUCGGCUGAAAAGGUACAAGUUAAAAGGACUACCCGGAAAUCACCUGCUGUGAAAGCUGAUGAGGGCUCAAGUUCUGGUUCUAACAAACAAAAACAACGUCCAAAAAAGGAUUCAAACCACUCAUUGGUUUCAGCUCAGGCACAAGAACACCCAAAGAAAGAAAUUGAGAAAAGUAGUCUAAAGAAAACUCGUGUGCAGAAUGUUUCAGACAGAUCUGAGAUUGUUAACGAGAAAAGAAAACACAGCUCUAGGGCAACUUCAGAUCAAACUGUUACUGAUGUUUCAGAGCAGGGGUCAGGUUCCUCUUCUGAGAAAAUAAAAGAAACGACGGUGCCUAAGUCAGAGAAAGUACUAGAAGAGAAUAAUGAUCAGCCAAAGAAGAACUCAAAUGGUGGUGCCAAAGAAGAGAAAGUUCUUGGAAAGAAAACACUAGAAGAGAAAAACGAUAAGCCAAAGAAGAGCUUAAAUGGCAGUGCCAAAGACGAGAAAAGUCUUGAGCAGAAAACACUAGAAGAGAAUAAUGAUAAGCCAAAGAAGAGCUUAAAUGGCAGUGCCAAAGAAGAGAAAAGUCUUGGACAGAAAACACCAGAAGAGAACAAUGAUAAGCCAAAGAAGAGCUUAAAUGGCGGUGUCAAAGAAGAGAAAGAUCUUGGACAGAAAACACAAGAAGAGAAUAAUGAUAAGCCAAAGAAGAGCUUAAAUGGCGGUGUCAAAGAAGAGAAAGAUCUUGGACAAAAAACACAAGAGAAUAAUGAUAAGCCAAAGAAGAGCUUAAGUGGCGGUGCCAAAGAAGAGAAAGGUCUUGGACAGAAAGCGCAAGAAGAGAAUAAUGGUAAGCCAAAGAAGAGCUUAAACGGCAGUGCCAAAGAAGAGAAAGGUCUCAGACAGAAAGCACUAGAACAGGAAGGUCAUAAUGAUCCUAACGCUGUCUUACAGACUAGUAUGAAGAAGGUAGGAGAUGAAGAAAUAGGAGUUAGCGAAGACUUGAAUGGUGGUGACAAAAUUAUCAGCAACAAUUACCAAAGAAGAGCUUCACUGCCUGCUAAUUUUAAUGAUCAAGAAAAUGAGAUACACAACACUCCAAGUCCAAGAGUGCCGAGUUAUAUGGCUCCAACUGAAUCAGCAAAAGCUAGACUAAGGGGACAAGGCUCCCCAAGAUUUGCUACUGAUAUCAUAGACAAAAACAGUUUUACCAGGAGGCAUUCACUUUCAUCUUCACUUAACAGCAAGUCAGGUUCAUUUUCCCCAAGAGUAGAAAAGCUGAUAACUUUGAGCGGAAGAGGAGUUGCGAGGACUGAUAAAUCUUUGUCAUCUUCAAGGGACGGGACUGAUAAGAUGACUCAACCUCAGUGGAGAAGGUGAUUUUACAUAAUCUUUCAGAACAAAGAUACUUCACGGUGGUAAAAACUAACGGAGCAAAAGAUAUGAUGAAAUAUGAAGUACAUUACAGCCUUUUUAUUUAUUCAUCGUUGUCAUUAUUAUUUGUGGUAUGGUCAUAGAUACAGCAGGAUACAUAUUGUUAUCAGAGUCUAUAUCAGCUUUCUUUUAGUAGCAAAUACUUUGCUGGGUAUAUAUAUCUACAGUUUUAACCUUAGGUACUGGUUCUUCUCUUUUUCUAGCCGUUGUGAUGUAUUGUUCAAACCAUUGUUUCGAAGAGUGUCAUAUUUUCUAAAUUCGAGAAUGCUUUCCUGAUAAUAUUUUUAUUCAGUAA